AUGGUAAAGAAGACUGUUUUGAAGGUUGAUCUCUCAGGCGAAAAAGGCAGGAAGAAGCUUCUUAAGGCAAUCUCUGGAGUACAAGGGGUGGAUAAGAUAGAGGUGGAUGCUGCCAAGGGAACUAUAUCAGUAACAGGCGAUGCAGACCCAUAUGAUAUUAUAGUUCGAACGAGAAAAGUAGGGAAAUUUGUAGAGCUGGUGAGUGUAGGGCCUCCCCCAGCACCUCCAAAGGAACCCCAGAAGAAGCCCGAAGAGAAGAAGGCUGAGCCCAAGAAAGAUGAUAAGAAGACUGACCCAAAUCCCCAAUUCCACUAUCCUGUAGUCUAUAUGGAUAGAUAUAAUGAGCCCAACGUUGGGUGCUCAAUCAUGUGAUAAUAAUAAUUGGUUGUAGUUAUGUUGAUUUAAUUUUAGCUCGAUUGACAUAGACAUUGUUGUCAAUGUAAGAGGAUGUAGGUUCGAGUGUGCUAAAGCGUACUAUCCUUCUAUUUAUA